GGUGGAGCUACAACAAUCACCAUGGAUCCUGAUAAUGAACUUCCUCCCAACUUACAGAUCGGCAAUAAAAAUGUCAUGGUGGUCAAUGAUAGUGGUAGCAGGAGAAAAUCAGAAAAGAAGAAACAAAAGUGUAAAAAAUCUCAGCUUACAACAUGUACAGACGAGUUGUCUAUGGAUCAUAUAGACAUGGUUUCCGUGGAGAUUGGUAAAGACUGGAAACGACUGUGCCGGCAGUUAGAUAUGACUGAGGCAGAUAUUGAGCAGCUACAGUUUGACUACUAUGCCAGUGGGCUGUAUGAGAUAAUGUACCAAGGAAUUCAGCGAUGGAUACAGAGGAAUGGGAGAGCAGCAAAUAUCAAAACAAUAGCAGAGGCAUUGUGGGAGAUAGAUAGGGAUGAUAUAGCCCUUCGACUUCGUGGACAGUCACAGGAGUAACAUAGUGUAUCGUCAGAUAUGUGCACAUGACAGAAAUUGUAUAAUCUUCAUAUAAGCCAUAAAUUUUGAGUUAAAGAGUAACUAAAAUACAAAUUUUCAUAAAAUACAUGAUUGAACUGUGACGUCAUUAAUUUUGGUGGGGGACUAAUUUUCGUGGGUUUUGCAUUUAUCAAUCCAUGAAGUUUUCUAUUUAUCUUAUCUUUAAAAUGUUGAAGUCGAUGAAUUCAUGUCCCCACAAAAAGUUUAAUACACAUAAAGAUAAUUUUACAGAAAUCAAAAAUGCUCAACUAAUGAAAAUUAGUCCCUUAUGAUUAUCUCUGACUGUACAGUACAUUAAUGUUUACAUCAAAGAAAAAUAC